AUGAGCAAAACAGACCAAUCCGCCACGAAGAAACGAAAGGCUGCCCUCGAAGAGGAUGCUGCAGCUGAACCACACACUGAGAAUCAUCACUCUCUCCGAAAAUCAUCUUCAACAAAAAAGAAAAAGAAGGAUGACUCUAGAGAACAACCAACAACACAAGUAACAGCCACCGUCGUUGAGUUUUCCGAACAAGAAUUGAAACAACUCGGACAUGUGGUUGAUGAAUUCUUUGAAUACAAUAGAGUGGUUCUGCAUCAAAUGGUUACAGUCUCAGAGUUGUUGAAUCGACUCGAGUAUUAUCCUGCAUAUUCGGAGUUUAUGAAAUCUCAUUUUGAAUAUCGAGAAUAUCAAGAAAAGAAGAAACCAAUUAGGAGUGUGGUAUCGGGAAUUGUCAAGGCUGCAGUACAUCGAAUUGCUUCCUCCUUCAAACAAAAAGAUGUUGUUUCUAAAUUGUAUCCUGAAGAGUUUGACCAUUCAUUAUUCUUUGUGAAGAGGCGAGUUCGUAUGACCUAUCCAUUAUAUGAUUAUGGUGGAAUUUAUCAAACACAUAUGGCACUGACAAGUGGAAGUGAAUUUUUAUUGUCUUCAGAAGAAAAACAAGAAAAAAAGUCUGAACAAACAGAAAUGGAAAAACUCAUUGAGAAACAGCUUUUUGAUAGAGUGUUUCAUCUUGUGGAUGGUUAUGACGUUAAAUUGAGAGGAUUUGUGAUGGGUGUUGAAAAUGUGAAAAUUCUAGAGGAAGGCUCCGUGAUACAAUUUGAGACAAAUCCAUCGGUCGCUUCGGUGUGCAUUGCAGCCACAUUCAUUUUGUUUGCCCCAACAUUUGGCACGGUAUUGAGAGGAACCAUCACGGGCAUCAACACAGCAAAGAAACAAGCCUACUGCAAAGUGUUAGGUCUUUUUAAUUGUUCCGUUUCCGUUCCAAAUGUUAGCAUUUUGCACGAGUUGGUUUCAGGACAACACAUUCAAUUUCAUGUCACGUACUGUGGAUCCGAUAGGGGAGACUUGAAACUCGAAGGAAUCAUGUUUGAAGAGGAUGGUAUUGUGCAGGAAGAGAAAGCUGCCCGCGAAGAACCAAAGACAGUCGAAGAAGAAUUCCGAUUUGAUGAAAAUGAACUACCAUUCCAGUAA